CCUCCUCCUCUCUCUCUCCCUCUCUCGUCGAUGCCCAUUGCUUCCCCACCUCUCACGGAUCUUCUCAGGUUAGCCGAUCUUUCCGCCACUCCCCUCUCCGCUCUUAUAUCUCGAUUCCACCUCGGGUGGAUCGAUCUCGUCGCCGUUGGCGUCAGGCGCUCCGUCGCUCCUCUCCGCACGCAAGUCUCUCGCUCUUCUUCUUUCCCUUGGAGCAAUCUCAACCUUCUCAUCAGUGUCUUUGUUGCAUAAUUGACUGUUCCAAGCACAUUUUGAUAUUGUGAAGGCAUAAUUUCUUUGUGUUUAUUAUAGAAGGCCUUUCAAAUGCACAAUGUCUAGUUCUACAAAAUAUGUUGAUCCUGCAUUCCAGGGAGUUGGACAAAAAGUAGGAACAGAGAUCUGGCGGAUUGAGAACUUCCAACCAGUGCCUUUACCGAAGACUGAUUAUGGUAAAUUCUACUCUGGAGAUUCAUACAUAAUCUUACAGACGACUUCUGGCAAAGGUGGUGCUUACCUUCAUGACAUUCACUUCUGGAUUGGAAGAGAGUCAACCCAAGAUGAAGCUGGGACUGCUGCAAUCAAGACAGUUGAACUUGAUGCAGUUCUUGGAGGUCGUGCUGUCCAGCACAGGGAACUUCAAGGCUAUGAAUCUGAUAAGUUUUUGUCAUACUUCAAGCCUUGCAUUAUACCUUUGGAAGGAGGAUUUGCUUCUGGAUUCAAAAAGCCCGAAGAGGAAGUUUUUGAAACACGGCUAUAUGUUUGUAGAGGAAAACGUGUUGUUAGAAUGAAGCAGGUUCCAUUUGCUCGGUCAUCACUGAAUCAUGAUGAUGUGUUUAUCUUGGAUACUGAGAUGAAAAUAUAUCAAUUCAAUGGUGCUAACUCCAAUAUCCAAGAAAGAGCUAAAGCUUUAGAAGUAGUACAAUAUUUGAAGGACAAGUACCAUGAAGGAACAUGUGAUGUUGCAAUUAUUGAUGAUGGGAAGCUCCAAGCUGAGUCAGACUCCGGUGAAUUCUGGGUCCUUUUUGGUGGCUUUGCACCAAUUGGCAAAAAGGUAGUCAAUGAAGAUGAUGUUGUCUUAGAAAUGGCUCCUGCAAAAUUUUACAGUAUCAAUGAUGGUCAGUUGAAGUUGGAAGAGAACACACUCUCUAAAGCAACUUUGGAGAACAAUAAAUGCUAUUUGCUAGAUUGUGGGGCUGAGAUAUUUAUUUGGGUUGGCCGUGUUACACAAAUUGAAGAGAGAAAAGCUGCCAGUAAAGCUGCUGAGGACUUCAUCAUCAGUCAAAACAGACCCAAAACAACGCAUGUUACUCAAGUUAUUCAAGGUUAUGAAACACAUGCAUUUAAAUCCAACUUUGAAUCAUGGCCUGCUAGUACAGUGACAGGAAAUUCAGGUGGAGAGGAAGGACGAGGAAAAGUUGCAGCUUUGAUAAAGCAGAAAGGUGUUGAUUUCAAGGGAAUCACAAAAGGCUCUCCGCAAAAUGAAGAAGUUCCUCCCUUGCUUGAAGGCAGUGGAAAACUUGAGGUAUGGCGCAUUGAUGAUGGUGCCAAGAAUCAAGUUCCAAAAGAAGAGAUUGGUAAAUUCUAUAGCGGAGAUUGUUAUAUUGUGCUCUAUACAUAUCAUUCUGGUGAGAGGAAAGAGGACUACUUCUUAACCUCUUGGAUGGGAAAGGAUAGCAUUCAGGAUGAUCAAAUUAUGGCUACUCAGUUGGCUACUACUAUGUGGACUUCCCUAAAAGGAAGACCAGUGCAGGGUCGCAUUUUUCAAGGGAAGGAACCACCACAAUUUGUUGCACUCUUUCAGCCUCUGGUUCUUUUGAAGGGUGGAAUUAGUUCCGGUUAUAAGACGUUCAUUGCAGAGAAGAAUCAGAAUGAUGAAACUUAUACUUCUGAUGGCAUUGCACUAAUCCAAGUAUCUGGUACAUCAGUCCACAACAAUAAAGCAGUUCAAGUUGAUGCGGUGGCAACAUCAUUAUGUUCCACUGAUUGUUUUAUUUUGCAAUCUGGGAAUUCACUAUUCAUAUGGAAUGGAAGUUCAAGUACACAUGAACAUCAACAUUGGGCUGCAAAAAUUGCAGAAUUUUUAAAGCCAGGUGUCACACUGAAGUAUGUCAAGGAGGGAACAGAAAGCUCUGCUUUCUGGUUUGCUCUUGGUGGGAAGCAAAGUUUUACCAGCAAAAAGAUCACGCAAGAUGUUGUUAGAGAUCCUCACUUGUAUACAUUUUCACUUAAGAAAGGAAAGAUAGAGGUGUUUGAAGUGUUCAAUUAUUCUCAAGACGAUAUGUUAACUGAAGACAUGUUGCUACUUGACAGCCAUGCUGAGGUCUUCGUAUGGAUUGGACAUUCUGUGGAUCCCAACGAGAAGCAAAAGGCAUUUGAUAUAGGACAGAAAUACAUAGAGCUUGCAGUGCUGCUAGAAGGUUUAUCCCCAAAUGUACCACUUUAUAGAAUCACGGAGGGUAAUGAACCAUGUUUCUUUACAACAUAUUUCUCUUGGGACAGUGCAAAGGCUGUGGUUCAAGGAAAUUCUUUCCAGAAGAAACUAUCGUACCUAUUUGGGGCUGCCAUGCUUGCUUCAGAGUCUAAAGAUAAAUCUGUCAGUGCGGAUCAUGAUGGACCCACUCAAAGGGCAUCAGCCCUUGCAGCACUUUCAUCUGCAUUUAAUCCAUCUUCAAAUGCCAAAGCUACAGCACCGAGGCCUUCACGAUCAGGCCAAGGGUCACAGCGAGCAGCUGCAGUUGCUGCACUAUCUUCAGUUUUAACGGCUGAGCAAAAAAGGGGAGAAUCAGAAACCUCUACAACAAGAUUCAGCAGAAGCCCUUCCCCUGGUCCACGUGUGACUGUUAAUGAUUCCACCAAGACUGAAAGUGCAAGCUCAGAAUCUGAGCAACCUCUUGAGCUUUUAGCAGAGAAGGAAGCCAUAGAAGGAGAUGGAUCUGCGUCAGAAAGCAAUGAUGAAGAUUCUGAGGUGACAGAGGAACCAAAGAUAGAUGAAAAUGGGGCUGAAAGUACAUACAGUUAUGAGUGCUUGAAAGUCAAGUCCAGCAAUCCUGUCACAGGAAUCGAUUACAAACGAAGAGAGGCCUACUUAUCGGAUGCCGAAUUCCAGACAGUCCUGGGCAUGACUAGGGAGACAUUUUAUCAACAACCCAAGUGGAAGCAGGACAUGCAGAAAAGAAAGGUGGAUCUCUUCUAAGCUUUUGAAGUCUGGAGUCACAGAACCUAUCCCAUUCGUUCUACUUUCAUACUAUGCUUAGUUAUCCGCUUGCUCUGUUCUUCUCCGGCAUUUGGUUCUCUGUUGUUUCGUAGUCACUUCAUGAAUGUUACAGUUUGCUAUUUGUUGACGAGCAAUGCAUUUGUUUUGGGGUAAGUUUAAAGGUCAGUAGGCAUUCUUUUAUUCGUAGCAACCAUCCAAGUUUGGCUGCUCAAAUAUAUAAUUUGUUUGUUCCUGUAAAGGUCCAUAUGUACUUAUUUUGUGCCUGAUAAAUAUGGACUCUGUAUUAAGACUCUCAAGCACACUAUUAUAACAAGACUCUUUUUAA